UGAAAUCGUAUUUAACUAUCAUCAUUCAUUUAUGAUAUACGUGAUAAAAGAAAGAAGCGUUUGUAUUAUCAAUUAACAAAAAAGUAUGCGAGAGGGCAAUGAAGUUACUAGUUCAUCAACGAACAAGAUACAUUCGUUUAAUAUGAUAAAAAUGAUCUAAUCUAGUACACAGAAGAUGCUCUAUUUGUUUUUAAAGGAUCAUUCACACCUAACUUUUAUAAGUUCAUAUUUUUACAGUUAAUAAAACAAUUUUUAUACAUUUUCUCUUAUCUCAUCUUUUAACAUGAAUUUAACAAACGUAUCAUCACUUACUCAUUAUAUAUCAAAUACCUGGAAAGGUAAUGUAUAAAUAAGAAACAUAACAAACUUAUGAAUCAUUCUGAUAGAACUAACGUCAUAGAAUAGAUAUUGAAAAGAGAAAUCAAAAAAGGUAGAUACGAUUAAUAGAAAACAUUAUAAUUCUUUGAAACAGAUAUUGUACAAUUUGUAUUAAUUAAAAUUCCCUUGUUAGUUAAGUUAAGUUCGGUGUGAAUCGAGCUUUAAAUUUUUGUAAUAGUGAGAGAAACCCUUCUUGUCUCUUCUCUACUCUUCUUUUCACACACACGUAACAACACAUACACACACAAAGAACGAGUCAAACGAAUGGAGGAGUGGGGAGGACUGGAAUAGUAAAAGACUAACAAAGUAUGAAAGAGAGUACAAGAAGAAACCAGAAUGGACGAAGAGGAGGGGGGACAAGUAUGGAUGAGUAAGAGUAGGGUUCUCUUCUUUGCAAGCGUUUUUGUCUCAACUAGCAACAGAGACAGGAAAGGAAAGGUAUGGUAAAGUUAAGAUGAAUCCAGAAUAUUGCGUUAUUUGGACGCACAUGUGUACAGAGCUUAAACGUCCUGUUAAUGUGAAAGAUAGAAAGAGAGGGAUAGAGUGUGCUGCGUGUGAGUGGAAAUCAAUAUUUCAUUGAUUAGCAUAUAUACUUCUGAGUAAUGUCCUAUGAUGACAAAUAUUAUUGUAUUAUAAAAUGUUGAGUUAACGAAGGUAUACAAAAGGAAAAUGAAGGUGAAAUGGUGAUAUGUUGGUAGAGGAAGAAAUAAAGAAAUAAAGUGUGAACGUGAAACGGAGAGAGAGAGAGAGAGAGAGAAAAAAAAGUGUGUGCACACGCUUGUGUGGUGAACAAGAAAGAAAAGAGAAGGGGGUUAGUACAAGAGUGACAUGCAUCUUGCAACGGCAUUACUUUUCGUAUCAUUCCUAGCGAGUCAUUCGAGAUUCGCCGGUGGAAAUACAAAUACAAAUGAAAAAUCAAUAACGAUUAAAAUAGCUAAGUGUUGCGAAUUGAAUGAACUUCUUUUGGACGACACGUGCACACCAUUAUCAGAUACGAACGAAACGAAACCAUGGCAACCAGAAUAUACUCAAGACAAAGAUUCCAAUAUUUACUUGAAAACUCCUGUAACUCCGGAUUAUCGUAUUGGAUUACCUAGAUGUCUUAGUAACGAACAGCAAUGGCAUGUUUAUUAUUAUCCAUCAGGACCAGACAGAUUGGCUAUUAUUUUGCCAUCGGGUAAACUCAGACAUUAUGCUGAUAAUGAAGAAAUUAGUGAAGAUAAUGAAGAGGCUGGUGCCUUUGAAUCGAUUAGAAUACAUGACGAAGAAGAUCAAACUAAAUCCAUUCAUUAUGAUUAUUCUUUUGGACAGUAUUGUGCGGAUAAAGCUAUACUCAGUAGCAAUAAUUUAGUAGCUACCUAUGCCAUGAUAUGUGUUCCUGAGGUAUCAGUUCAAUGGACUGAUACUAAUUUUGUGAUGACACAUGCUAUUGAUCCUACCUUUCAUGGUAUAAACAUAAUGAUAUAUCUUAUAGUUGCAAUCGUUUAUUUUGCUCUACCACAAUUGAGAGAUCUUUUUGGUAAUAUGAUAACUAGUAUGGCGCUGUGUCUUAUAGUCAAUCAAUGCGCCAGGACAGUUAAACUAUUCAGUGAACUUGGUAAUCAUAUUAGCUUUAUGGUAGCUGAUACAGUCGCUUAUACAUCCUUGUUAGCUGCUUUCUUCUGGAUCAACGCUAUGGGCUACUAUAUUUGGAAAACGUUCAGUUCUCGCAAUGUAUUUUUACAUACAACUGAUAGAAAAAAAUAUUGUUAUUAUUCUGCAUACGUUUGGGGAGCAACCAUUUCCAGUUUUGCACUUGCAAUUUUUGCACAUUUUAUAUUAGAAACUGACAAACCUACUAUAGGUGGUACAUUGUAUCCUGCUCAAGAAACCAUUGGUUGGUUAAGUUUUUCAGUUUAUUACAUGUCUAUGGCUCUUAUAAUAAUGAUUAAUUUUACCUUCAUUUUUACAACAGCAAAUAAAAUGAAAAGAAUGAGACCAUACGGUAGGAUACAUCAUAAAAUGAAAUACAAUUUUCGAAUCUUUGUUUAUCUGUUUGCAACGAUGAAUAUUAGUUUGAUAACGUUAUUAUUAACUGGAUUAAAAUACGAGGCAUUUGUGUAUCUCCACAUUAUUGCUAAUUUUUUACAAGCAUGUUUCAUAGUCUAUAUAUGUAUAUGUAGUCAAAAAAGAGUCAAAUUUUUACUUGGAAAAACAUACAAUUGUUGUUGUAACGUUGACGAUAAUUUCGAAGGAUUUGAUUGGGGAGAAGAAAUGACAGCGAUUAAUGCCGGUUAUUAAAAUUUACACUUAUAGAUUUUAAAAUAAUUAACUCUGACUGAUUGUCCAAAUAAAAGACAUAUCUAAUAUUUAAUAUCAAUCAAUUUUUUUCAUUAGCUUUAAGAUAUUUGAUAAAUGUAUUGUAAAUUGUGUAUGUGCCUUUGAUAAUAGAUCUGUGUAUAUAA